ACCCAGGUGGCCCCAAAUGGCCAGCCAAUCAGAUCCCUUCCUGCCUUGUAGCCCUAUACACAAAUCUUGGCUUUCGCCUAGUUUGGGGCCCCUCUUUCUUGUGAGGCAGACAACCAUCCUUGCAAUAAACACUUUUCUUCUCCCUAGUGUUGUGCUCCUUCAAUAAUUUUCUACAACAGUUGAUAUUUUGAAUUGUACACUCUUGCUUUGUUAUUUUUAUUCUGUGUUUUAUGUUGCUCUGUGUCAAGUGUCCAUUGGGACUGUGACAGUAAAAAAUUAACAAAAGUAUAAACCAAUCAAUGUUAUUUUUCUGUGGAAAGGAAUAAUAGGCUGCAGCUGAGCCCUGAUGCUGCAAGGGGUGCACCCGGCCAGCUGGAUCUGCAGGCUCAGGGACUGGUCCCCAGGACUGCCCUUUGGGUCUGCUAUGUUGGGCUCCCUCCUGGGCUUCCAAGGGUGGGAGGAGGCGGUCUCCUCUGCUGCCCUUCUUCUCCUCUUUCUUGAUAAGGUAGACUGGCCCAAAACAAUGAAUAGCAUUACAUUAUCACAUCGAUGGAGAUUCUCAGUCAUCCAGGUCCUGGUUGUUCCAAAGGUGCUUUUUCAAGAGGCAACUGAAUUUUCUUGUUCUUAUUUCAAGACAUUUCACUUCUCAUCCAAGAAGUUGCUUCAGCUCUGAUUGGAUGGUGGGGAAUGGACAUGGAAGGGGGAGAGUAGAAUGGUGGCUCUUGGGCAGUUAAUCCCCCGGUUAAUUCAGUUAAUUCUGGCAAAAAGACUUAAGGGAUGGUGGCUCCCUCCAGCCCCCUCACCCCAGGCUAGGUGGAGGUACCGGGGUGGGUCCCCCUUCCCUGCGGAGGCUGUUGAUGGUGUCCUGGGCCAGGCUUGGCUCUACCGUUUGCGGGUGGUGGCUAUGCUGGCAAGAAUCUCCUUUUAUUUCGAUUGUCCCUGACAAUUCUAGGGCUUUCCGCAAAUCCCGGGACAGCGCCGGGCACGGCUUCUAGGAGAGGACGUCUCCGCCUCAGUCCGGCGCAGCGGGAUCUACAGAACGACCGCGCUAGAGAGAAGCCGAUCGGUCGCGGGCAGCACCGCUCGCCUCGAAGAAGGAGGCGGCGGCGCGGGGCCGGGCGGGGCGAAGCCUUCCUGGGGCGGCCCGUGGGAGGUUCCCAAUCCGUGCGGGACGCGCCUGGCUCAUUCCAGGUUUGGGAGGCAUUUGGGCGGAGCAGCUGGCAGGAUCCCGCAGAGGCAGGAGCUCAUGGCCCUUCCGGCAUCGCGGCUCGCGGGACUCGCGGCCUGGGGCUUCUUUCUGCUCGCGCUCGAGCCGGUGGCAGCUGUGGAAAUAUUCACCCCUGGCACCCUGGAAGUGUUGAACGGGACCGACGUGCGCUUGAAGUGCACCUUCCGCAGUCCAGUGCCGGUGGGGCCGAAGCUGACGGUUUCCUGGUACUUCCAGUCGGAGCUGAAGGAACCCCUGGUGUCGGUGCUCUACUACAAUCACUGGGCUUACCCCUCCAAAUCAGGCCGCUUCCUAGGCAGACUCACCUGGGAUGGCAAUGUACACAAAAACGAUGCUUCGGUUAUGCUCCACAAUGUGAGCCCCAAGGACAACGGGACUUUCCAGUGCCAUGUGAAGAACCCACCUGAUGUGGAUGGUGUCAUUGGCGAGAUCCAGCUGAGUGUUGUGCUGAAAAUGAGCUUCUCAGAGGUGCAUAUUUUGGUCCUCACCAUUGGCAUUUCCUGUGCUGCAAUGUUCAUCCUUGUGGUGAUUGUGGUGAUCUGGCGUCAUUGGCGGAGGAUGCAGCAAGACAAGACAAGGGAGAUGGGGAGGUCAGAGCAACUGAAGCUGAAGGAAGGCAGAGAGGAAAAGUAGAUCCCUUUGUGGGGAUGAGGGACCCAUCGGUCUUGAUCCACCCAUGGAUGCUGUGGCCCGCUGGAGCUGAGAUGGCAAAGGCACUUGUGCUCCUGGCCUUGAAGGAGACCUCCUGCACGUAGAGGGCCUGCAGGAGCCAAAACUUCACCUACUGCCCUCAUGACACCAAAGAUCUGCCUAACCAGUCUUCUCCAUAUGCCUGAAGCAGCAGCCCUCCCCUGCCCACCUUGAGUACAGAUUGCCUUUGACGCAGUGACUGAAGACCUCAGGGCCACUGGUCACCUAGUUGGUGCCAGCAGAAAACGGUCUGGUCAAGACAGACCAGCCAGACCAAGCUUGAGGGGAGGGCAACGGGGAACCACUUUGCCCACUGUUCUGCUUUCUUUCCUGGACCAAAGGCCAGGCAAAUGGCUAAGGGGGAACCCCCAACUACUUAGAAAAGGGCCUCUUCUUCAAGCAGGACCAAGCCCAUUUCUGUGGCUUGCCUGGGCCUGGAGUAGCCUGAGUCUGUGCAGGCAGAGGAUUUCUGAAAGGGAGUGAGGAACCAGCCAUGGGGCUGUUCCUGCUGGAUGCAAUUCUGUCUCCUUUGCAAUCCCCCAGCCCAGGCUGGCAGCACAAAUCUCUUCCUUAAAACUAGAGUUUGCUUUCUCCUUCAGAAGGAUUUAAGAGCCCUGGACAAUAAAAUAAAAAUCUCUGACCACUGAUCCUCUUUUAUGCAACAGCACUGCAGCAACGCUACCAACAACUACCUCUAAAACUCAUCAGCUUCAGAUAUUAGAGGAUUGUCCGCUGGGUUUUUUCUGGGCCACCUUUCAUAUCCUUAGGUGACACUCUUUCAUACACUAAUUUAUUUAAAGUCUUGUUAAAUUUUGUAUGCAAAUGGAAUAUUUUAUAAUAAAGGUACAAUUGCCUGUGUUUAAAA